UCAAGGCUCAGAGCUCUUCUGACAGAACGUUUUCACCAUGAGUGGGUGCCCAUUUUUAGGAAACAGCUUUGAAUAUGCUUUUGAAAAACUCUCUGUUGAAGGCAGUGAAGAAGACAAAUCACAAACCAGUGUGAAUAGAGCCAGUAAAGGAGGACUUAUCUAUGGAAAUUACCUGCAAUUGGAAAAAGUUUUGAAUGCACAGGAACUUCAAAGUGAAAUAAAAGGAAAUAAAAUCCAUGAUGAACAUCUUUUCAUUAUAACUCAUCAAGCUUAUGAACUCUGGUUUAAGCAAAUCCUCUGGGAAUUAGAUUCUGUUCGAGAAAUUUUUCAGAAUGGCCAUGUCAGGGAUGAAAGGAAUAUGCUGAAGGUUGUAACUCGAAUGCACCGAGUGGUGGUGAUCCUCAAACUGUUGGUCCAGCAGUUUUCUGUUCUGGAGACCAUGACAGCCUUAGAUUUCAACGACUUCAGAGAGUACUUGUCCCCGGCAUCAGGCUUCCAGAGUUUGCAGUUCCGAUUAUUAGAAAACAAGAUAGGUGUUCUUCAGAGCUUGAGAGUCCCCUACAACAGGAGACAUUACCGAGAUACCUUCAAAGGAAAAGACAAUGAACUUCUACUCAAGUCGGAGCAAGAGAGGACACUGCUACAGCUGGUGGAGGCAUGGCUGGAAAGAACUCCAGGUUUAGAGCCACAUGGAUUUAACUUCUGGGGGAAGCUUGAAAAAAACAUUGUCAAAGGCCUGGAAGAAGAAUUCAUAAGGCUUCAGGCUAAGGAAGAGUCAGAGGAAAAAGAGGAACAGAUGGCUGAGUUUCAGAAACAGAAAAAGGUGUUACUGUCCUUAUUUGAUGAGAAACGCCAUGAACAUCUUCUUAGUAAAGGAGAGAGACGGCUCUCAUACAGAGCACUUCAGGGAGCCUUGAUGAUAUAUUUUUACAGGGAAGAGCCCAGGUUCCAGGUUCCUUUCCAGCUGCUGACUUUCCUCAUGGACAUAGACACAUUGAUGACCAAGUGGAGAUAUAAUCAUGUGUGCAUGGUGCACAGGAUGCUGGGCAGCAAGGCUGGCACCGGUGGGUCUUCAGGUUACCAGUAUCUGCGCUCAACAGUGAGUGACAGGUACAAGGUAUUUGUAGACUUAUUUAACCUCUCAACAUAUCUGGUUCCCCGACACUGGAUACCGAAGAUGAACCCAAUUAUUCAUAAGUUCCUUUACACGGCUGAGUACUGUGACAGCUCAUACUUCAGCAGUGAUGAAUCAGAUUAAAAUCAUCUGCAAAUAUCUAUAAAGAACAUUGAUUUCUCUGUCUGCAGUUCCUUUUUUUUUAAUUUGCUAUGAAUUUUCCUGAAUAUACAGUCCUACUAUAAUAUAUGUAUAUACAUAGUUAAGCACUAUGGCACUGAUUCAAUCUCAGAAAUAAUUUUCUUACUUCAUGUUUGUGAUGACAUCAGAUUAAACAUUAAGAUAAGAGAUUAGUUCAGUUAAAUCGUACCAUUAUCAUAUGGUGUUUUCCUAUUAAAAACUUAAUGUUCCUGGGACCUAUCUGAAUAUAACCAUUUAACAUAAUAACUAUCUCAUUGUCUCAUACUUUAUAAGCUUGUAAAUUUCAGCUAUUUCAAAUAUUGUAUGCAACAAAAUGUAUCAUUCUGUACAAA